GGCACAGCUCAGGAUUUGUUUAAACCUUGGGAAACUGGUUCAGGUCCAGGUUUUGCUUUGAUCCUUUUCAAAAACUGGAGACACAGAAGAGGGCUCUAGGAAAAAGUUUUGGAUGGGAUUAUGUGGAAACUACCCUGCGAUUCUCUGCUGCCAGAGCAGGCUCGGCGCUUCCACCCCAGUGCAGCCUUCCCCUGGCGGUGGUGAAAGAGACUCAGGAGCCGCUGCUUCCAAAGUGCCCGCCGUGAGUGAGUUCUCGCCCCAGUCAGCCAAAUGCUCCUCUUCGGGCUUCUCCUGCUGACAUCUGCCCUGGCCGGCCAGAGACACGGGACUCAGGCUGAGUCCAACCUGAGUAGUAAAUUCCAGUACUCCAGCAACAAGGAACAGAACGGAGUACAAGAUCCCCAGCAUGAGAGAAUUAUUACUGUGUCUACUAAUGGAAGUAUUCACAGCCCGAGAUUUCCUCAUACUUACCCAAGAAAUAUGGUCUUGGUAUGGAGAUUGGUAGCAGCAGACGAAAAUGUAUGGAUACAACUUACAUUUGAUGAAAGAUUUGGGCUUGAAGACCCAGAAGAUGACAUAUGCAAGUAUGACUUUGUAGAAGUUGAGGAACCCAGUGAUGGAACUAUAUUAGGGCGCUGGUGUGGUUCUGGUACUGUGCCAGGAAAGCAGAUUUCUAAAGGAAAUCAAAUCAGGAUAAGAUUUGUAUCUGAUGAAUAUUUUCCUUCUGAACCGGGGUUCUGCAUCCACUACAACAUUGUCGUGCCACAAUUCACGGAGGCUGUGAGCCCUUCUGUGUUACCCCCUUCAGCUUUGCCACUGGAUCUGCUUAAUAACGCUGUCACUGCCUUUAGUACCUUGGAAGAUCUCAUUCGGUAUCUUGAACCAGAUAGAUGGCAGUUGGACUUGGAAGACCUAUAUAGGCCAACCUGGCAACUUCUUGGCAAGGCUUUUGUUUUUGGAAGAAAAUCCAGAGUGGUGGACCUGAACCUUCUGAAGGAGGAGGUAAGACUGUACAGCUGCACGCCACGUAACUUCUCGGUGUCCAUAAGGGAAGAACUAAAGAGAACCGAUACCAUUUUCUGGCCAGGUUGUCUCCUGGUUAAACGCUGUGGGGGAAACUGUGCCUGUUGUCUCCACAACUGCCACGAGUGUCAAUGUGUCCCAAGCAAAGUCACUAAAAAAUAUCAUGAGGUCCUUCAGUUGAGACCAAAGAGUGGUGUGCGGGGAUUGCAUAAAUCUCUCACGGACGUGGCCCUGGAGCACCACGAGGAGUGUGACUGUGUGUGCAGAGGGCACACAGGAGGAUAACCGCAUCCUCACGCACAGCCUCUCCCAGAGCAGUGAGGCUCCAUGGCUGAUCUGUUCUAGAACUUGCGCAUUAU